UUGCUAACAGUCGUCGUCGCAGUUAGAACUAAGGAAUAAAAAUGAAACUGCUUGUGCUUACCCUGCUGAGUGUAUCGCUGGUGGCUGCUGAUGUGUCGCAUUUGCUUGGACAUGAGCAUCAUCAUGAGCAUCCCGGUUAUCACUACGAUCCGCCAGCAAUUCCUUUUGACUUGCCCGCACCAUCGCCCACUUAUCUGCCAGUCAAGGUAGACACACCCGCGCCCACUUAUCUGCCACCCACGCCCACUUAUCUGCCGCCAGCACAAAUCAAGGUGGAGUAUCUGCCUCCAGCACAGCCCAAGGUGGAGUAUCUGCCACCUGUCACGCCCACCAUCGCCUAUCUGCCACCUGCACCCAAAGUGGAGGAGCAGCUUAGCUUCGAGAUUCCCAUUCCCUCCUAUGCUGAGCCUUUGGCACCUCAGGAGCACUCCGGCUAUCACUACGAUCCACCAGCCAAGCCUUUCUUCUACUAAGCCAUUUUAGUAUAUAGCCAUAAGUAUUUGUCAUGUUAAAUUAUUAAAUAUAUAAAAAGCUUAAAGCUAGACAAAC